AUGCAUUCAGUUAUUUCAGCUGCUACUAUUUUAUUAUUGACUGCAUUAAUUCCAGGUGUAGAUGCUACUCUCUCAGUUACGAUUGGAUCAACUGUUGGUGGUGUUCUUGGUUUAAUUAUUUUAAUUCUUGAUAUUGUUGCAAUUUUUGAAUUAGUUACAUCAAGUGGUCGAGAUCUUUUCUCGAAAGUUAUUUGGGUUUUAAUUAUUCUUUUAUUUCCAAUCGGUGGUUUAAUUUUAUAUUGGUGUUGUGCUCGAAGUGGUAGUGGUCAUCAAGAUAUCUAA